CAGGUGAUGUGUCGCCCAUCAGUAUGUCUCCAAUCAGCCAGUCGCAGUUUAUUCCUCUUGGGGAAAUCCUAUGCGUGGCCAUCGCCGCUUUGAAUUCAGCCAGAAAGCCCGUCAACCAGGAAGCACUAAUUGAUCACCUGACAACUUUUUUUCCAGGUGUACCCACUCCAAGUCCAGAGGUACUUCGGCAUACACUUAACAUGCUUGUGCGAGAGAGAAAGAUCUACCCUACUCCCGACGGAUAUUAUAUUGUUACACCGCAGACCUAUUACAUAACCCCAUCUCUUAUAAGAACUAACAGUAAAUGGUACCACUUGGAUGAGAGGAUACCUGACCGGUCUCAGUGUACCUCUCCACAACCAGGAACUAUAACACCAUCCCCUUCAGGAUGUGUCAGGGAUAGAACUCUCUCCAAAAACCACUGCGACUCUUGUCAUUGCUGCAGGGAAGAUAUGCAUAGCCUUCAUGCAUCAACCCUACAAAGGAGAUCCCCAAAAGACUGCAAAGACUCGUACUGCCCUCCAUCCAUUUGUCAGAUUCCCCCCACUGAGAAAAGCAAAAGUACCAUAAAUUAUUCAUAUAAAACGGAUACGCUCACAAAAUCUAAAGAUGGGGAAAAGCCAUCUAAAAAAUUUGGCCUGAAAUUGUUUAGGCUAAGUUUUAAAAAGGAUAAGGCGAAACAACUAGCCAAUUUUUCAGCUCAGUUUCCUCCUGAAGAAUGGCCCCUAAGAGACGAGGACACUCCAACCACUAUACCCCGAGAAGUAGAAAUGGAAAUUAUCAGGCGAAUAAACCCAGACUUGACAGUAGAAAAUGUUGUGAGGCACACUGCACUAAUGAAAAAACUUGAAGAAGAAAAAUCUCAGAGGAGCAAGGCUGGGUCAUCGGCUCACCACAGCGGGAGAAGUAGGAGGAGUAGGACUCACAGGAAAACUCAUGGAAAAUCUCGUUCUCACAGCAAGAAUAGGGCUUCCAAAGGUGACCCAUCUGAGGGUUCACAUUUAGACAUACCUGCAGAAAGAGAGUAUGAAUUCUACCAUCCUCGGAAUCGUUCACCCAGGGAGGGAUGUUUUAUAAUGGAGCGCAAAGGAGGAGAGAAUUUUGUUGUGCUUAGCAAUCCAAGCAUGAUUGAGUCUCAUUUUCCUAUUACACCAGAAUGGGAUGUCUCUGGUGAACUGGCCAAAAGGAGAACUGAAAUGCCUUUUCCUGAGCCCUCGAGGGGUAGUUCCCAUUCCAAGGUCCACCGUAGCCACAGCCAUACACAGGACAGAAGAUCAAGAAAUGAACGGUCAAAUAAAUCCAAGGAAAGGUCUAGGUCGAUGGACAACUCAAAGGGGCCUUUAAGUGGUGCUUCUUUAGGUACACCAGAUGAUCUAGGGGAAGGCUGCAGUCUUGAUGAGAAAACACCAAGCCAGUCUUAUAUUGAUGACGGUACUUUAAGACCAACCCACUCAUUGACUCAUCAACGGACUCUGUCCUAUAAAGACCCAUGCAUAACUGAACUUGCUAGCGGUGGUGCAGAUACUCCUAAAUCAUGCAGCUUAAUAGAACAAGGCAAACUUCCAGAUACAUUAUCCUCAUACAGUGAACUCAACUCUUGUUCCAAAAAAACAGCAGAUGACUAUUUUCAGUGCAACACAUCUAGUGAAACAAUUCUCACUGCUCCAUCCCCUUUAGGAAAAAAUAAUAAAGAAGAUGUUGAUAUUCCAAGUCUCACAGAAAGCUUGAAAAGAUUGUCUCCUGCUGAAAAGCCUCAGCAACACAUAGCCAGAGAACAAGGCGAAUACCGUGAAGACUCGCCAAAGGCCCAGAUUAGUAGCGUUCUAUCCGUUGCUCCUUCUGGCCAAACGUCUGAGGUGAUUUCUAAUGGGCGAUUGGUGCCACAUCAUAAUGCAGAAUCGAGUAGCCUUGACAAAAGGAAAGAAAUAUUCAGUAAAGAUACUUUGUUCAAACCUUUGCACAAUAGCCUAUCUGUGAACAGUUUUCAUAAAUCUGGUGUGAACUUGAUAAAAUCACACCAAAAAACUUCUCCUGAAACACUGCCAGCAAGCGUUGAAAACUUUGAGCAACCUAUCACCACCUCUGUUUCCCAAAGCCUUGCCGUCUCACCAAGGCCCCAGGAGCCUACAGCAAAUCCAGAAGCCUCGUUUGAUUACUACAAUGUCUCAGAAGAUGACGAGUCUGAGGAAGGCACACAAAAGCCUGCAGAAGAGGAAAAAAACCAAGAUGAUGUGGGCACGAUGCAGUGGCUGCUACAGCGGGAGAAAGAGAGGGAUUUGCAACGGAAGUUUGAGAAGAACCUCACACUUCUGAACCCAAAGGAAAGUGAAAACAGUAGCAGCCAGAGAGCCACACAUUCCGCUCGCUUAGAUAGCAUGGACAGUAGCAGUAUCACUGUAGAUAGUGGAUUUAACUCCCCACGUACACGUGAAAGCCUGGCAUCCAAUACUUCCAGUAUUGUUGAAAGUAACAGACGACAGAACCCGGCCCUUAGUCCCGCUCAUGGUGGUGCUGGCCCAACAUUUAACUUCCGAACAUCCGCUGCAGAAACCACAACAACUGACGCUGAUAAACUACAGAAACCCACUACUUGUUUGCAAGCUUCUGUUACUAGCGUUUGAUAGCCGUUCAGCCUCAAAUCUUGUUUUGUCUCAUAAUUCUACAGCAGGAAUGGCCAACCUGUGGCAGAACGGUGGCUGCACAGCUACAAUUCCCUUGGGCUUGUGAAGAAUGGAGGGAUUAGUAAUGUUGUAGCUGCCUGAGAGCCACCAGUUGACUAUCCCUGCUAUUCAGCAAAGUUUACUACACUAAGACUGAUGUUUACAUCUCUUAACAAGCCUAAUACACCUACAGUUUUUAUCUUACUGAAACUUUGCUGCUAGUGAGCCCAGUGGGUAAUGGCAAGAACAGAAGUCCAACUUUUUUUUUUUUCGAUUAUCGUUUGUAUUUAAUUUUUUUUUUCACUAAUGCUUUCCAAAAUGUAUAGCUUUGUAGAAAGUAAAUAACAUAGAAGUGAUGCCUAUAGGAUCAUUCUUACAACUGAAACAGAUCACAUACGAAAGUCUAGACACUGUAAUCGACUAUUUCAGUGUCAUGUAUUUUUAAGCAAUGGACUUCUUUUAAACCAGAGAUUCCAUCCUGCUGACCUUCAGCUGUUUUUGAACUGAAGUUCCCAUUAUUACCCUGCUUAGAUUGUUUACGGAUGCUGAGCUUUUUAGUUCAAAAAUACAGCUGAAGGGCUGCAUGGUUUGCAAUCUUUACAACCCAUAUUCCACCAGAAAGGGUUAUUACAAUGCUAACAGUUCCCACCAUCCUAGCAGCAGUCUGGUCAGCAAUUCGCAAGGCUUAAUAUCAAACCAAAUCUCAUUGUUUCUAGAACAGUACCUUUAUUUCUAUCAAGAAAAAUAAGCCAAAUUGCCCUGUGUUUUAUUUUGACCUUCAUACAGAUGUAGCAAACCGAGAUGAAUGCAUCAGAAACCUAUAAUAUGAAACAUAUCACAUAGCGUGGAAGUGUUUUCUACAUCUAUAUGAUUCCUAUUUGCCACCCCCACUCCUACUUUUGUUUCAGAUACAUCAUAAUACUUUCACUGCUGUAUGAAAUCAUGGAUGUAAGUGUUGUGCAGCAUCUGCAUGCAGUUUACAAAAAUUCAAAUGUGUAAAUCCUCAACAAUACAAAAGCGACCCAAGAAAAGGCAGUAUUAUGAUAAUGCAGAGUAUAGAAAAUGGUCGGCAAUAUCUCUGAAAGCGAUAAGGGGCAGAUUUAUUAAGGUUCGAAUUGGAAAUUCCAAUUUUGAGUUGGACUUUUGGUCGAAACUCAUAAAUUCAAGUUGGGAAUAAUUCAAAUUCGAAAUUUAUCAUACCUGGUCACUGGGAAUAAUUUGAAUUUGACUAUUUGCAACCUAAAACCUGCCGAGUUUAUGUAGUCAAUGGCAGUGGUCCAGCGACCCAUUUGAAGAUGUUAAUAGCCUUCAAGACAUUUUUUGGAGAAAAAACUCUAUUCGAGUUUAGUCGAAUUUGAUUUGCGUUAUCGGGACGGGAAUAUUUGUUCUAGUUUUAGACGUUCUAAUGUUUUCUUAAAUACUCUCCCAGUUGAAUUGUGAGUAUAUUCAAAUUGAUUAGAGUAAAAAAAAAAAAAAA